CCCCGAUCCCGAACGAACCGGCUACGAAAAUAGACCGCAUCUUGGAUCGGUUGGAUGUUUGCCCAACCAGUUAGGAACUCCGCUUAUUUGGACUGAUUUGAUUAGCGACGAUGUCGUAGGCAGGCACCGCAACGCGGAGCUUACCAGCGAACUUACCUGCCCAGGUGAGGUGCUAAGCGAAGUCGCAGUCAUGCUGGAGGGUUGUCACUCCCCAGACGUGGUUACUAAAUUUCGGAGCUGACUAAGGAUGAAGGAAGUAAACAGAUCUCACGGCUGGAUGCCGCAAAUACGGCGAAAUUCACCCACACCAUUGGUAUUAGGUCACCUCACUCAGGUUUUCACAUGCUCCGAUCCAGAGGCCAGAGGUAACGAGGAACUUCCUCCACCGCCUUCAAAAACAAAUCCUACUGAUGACAUCGAAUCUGACGUGGUGCAUCAGAUCCUUGGGGACUUUGGUCCCUGGCAGCUUCGCUCCCUGCUGAUCUUAUUCCUGUGCAAAAUUCCUGCCGCCUGGUUAAUGGCCUGUAUCCUAUUUACGGCCCCGGAUCUGUAUCCCAUGGAGGAAUACACCUGCGAUACGACCUCAUUCGGUCCGGCUGGCAAUUGUUCGGUGUCCCUGGAUCAUUGCUAUGUGAUGGUCGAUUACGGAGAUUCGGGUUACGCCAUGCGUCAGUGCCGCAAGUUUCUCUACACCACCGGAUUCCACUCCCUGACCAUGGAAUUCGAUCUGGUGUGUUUGUGUGACUUUUUUGUGGCCUGGUCCCAGUACUGGCAUCUUUUCGGGCUGCUCAUCGGCGGUGUAGCAGCUACGAAGUUGAUGCGGGUGCUUAGUCCGCGCCAGAUUUAUGGAACUGGCAUUUGGUGCCUCCUGAUGUGCAGUCUCCUGAUGGGCCUGGUCAAGGAUUUUAGUCUUCAUUGCGGACUCCGAUGCUUGGCUGCUGUAUCCUGCUGUUUUAUGAUCACCUCAGGACAGACAAUAUUUAGCGACCUAACAGGUGGCCGACAUCGACUGGGAGCCCUCUUGCUCUACGAUUGCUUCUGGGCCCUCGGAUUAAUCCUACUACCUGGUCUCGCUUCGGGAGCUCCCAGUUGGCAGCACAUUUACCUUGGGGUAACUCUCUGCCUCCUGGUAAUUGUCUUCCUACUGCCCUGGACUCCGGAUUCACCCCGCUGGCUGCUUCAGCACACCAAGGACAAUCAGUUGGCCAUCGAAAAAACAGUGGGAAUAUUACUGGAAGCAGCACGGAUGAAUGGAAGCUUCCACAAGGUGUCCAAGGAGCUGCCUCGCCAGCUAGGCCAGUUGAGAGAGAAGCUGCUGGACCACACGCCCCCUGUUCAGUGGAUAGAUCUAUGGAUGGGACGGAAGAGGAGGAAAAGCAGCUUCCAUUUGGUGGCUGUUCAUAUGGCGCUGGCCACAUUUAUGAUAGUGCACACUGGCCUUCUUCUGCACGUUCGCUCCUUUGGCAGGGAGCAUCUCGUGGCCAACACCCUGUCCAUGGGACUGGCCGAGAUGAUGGGCUGUUUCUUGGCCAUGUACCUGACGUUCCAGAGGAACCGGAGCAAGUGGCAGUGGGCCGGAGUAUUCGCCAUGACGGUGGGUUUCAUAGGCAGCAUCUGCUGGUUCCUGGCAGAGGAGGCGAUGCCUGAGGUUUACGGCCUCACAAUGGGAUGGUUAAUGGCCUCCCUGCCCCAGGCAGCCGUGUCGUGUGCCCAGUCCAUGAUCCUGGCAUGCUUGGGGGAGCUUGUGCCCAAAGAGCAGAGGAGUUGCCUCGCCUUCUCAGUCGUCACUUGGGCACGGGUGUGGCAGCUAUCCGCCUCUUUUCUCACCCUGUUGCGACAGGUGAGUCCCGCCCUCUCGCUGACCGCUUUCUGUCUGCUGGUCAUCCUGGGCGGUCUCUGCACCAGCUGUUUAAGUACUCCGGUGGAUAGUACAGAACCGGACGAAGCGCCAGCUCAAAGGAAUCAACAGCUCAUCACGUAUACGUAGUGGUGUCUAAGUUAGACUUAGUGUCUGUCAAGUAUUUGCUAUCAGUAUUCGAAUUUAACUCGUUUAACAUUUUUUAACCGCGAAUAUAAA